UGUAGUAUUAUGUAUAUUGUAUAUUAUACGAACCCGUUGUCAGUCUUAUAUACGAGCAAGAUGGCGAAGUGCCUAUCAUAGGCGGACUUUCGGAGAAUUGACGUUCCACAUGCUGCGUAAAAACCAUCAUACAGUGGAAAAGACGGAAGCAUGGAAUUGUUCCGUACCGAUACGCAUUUUAUUUUCGUAAAAGAAAGACAUAGUCUAUGGUGUGACAAGUACACGGGAGAGUUUUCCGCUAAAUCGGAUUGGGAAUGGGCCUCUCCAAAAGAUUUAGAAUGUCUUGGAAUAUUAUAUGGAAUUAUUGGGAAAAUAGAACAACCAUGUGUAUUAGAACCUCGUUUAAUGCUAAUUAAGGAAGUUUCACCAGCUGGAGAAUUAUAUGGAGGUCACAUUAUAUAUAAAAUUAAAUCAAUUGCAUUUUUGCAUUUUGGCAGUGAAAAUAAUGAUAUUGGACUUUUGCCAUGCAAAAAGCAUCAGAAUUUGCCAAAGAAAAAAAGUCAAGGUGGCUUAUUUGAUGUGCCGCAAAAAGCAACAUUUGCCAAAACAUGGGGAACUAUUAAAAGUGCUACAAACACUAUAAAAAAUACUACUCAACAAGCAGCUGCACUUGCAACAUCUCAGGUGAAAUCUACAGUGAGUAAAAGAAGCAUUGUUAAAGAUAAGGAAAGAUUUGAAAAAAGAAUUUUAGAAGAAUUAAAUAAAAUUUUCACUGAAACUGAUUCCUUUUAUUUCUGUCAAACUGGAGAUAUCACAAACAGUCUGCAAAGACUUUGUGCCACAGAAUCACAACAUAAUGAAGAAGAAAAAAAUAAACAACUUUGGCAAAAAGUGGAUGAUAGAUUUUUUUGGAAUAAACAUAUGUUGCAAGAUAUAAUUAAUUUGAAAACAGACAAAGCAACUUGGUGGAUAUUACCAGUUAUUCAAGGAUACGUACAAAUAGAAAAAUGCAAAGUAGAAAUGGGCAUUGAUGAACAACCUCAUCAUGAAAUUUUUAAUUUAGCAAUUAUAUCAAGAAGAAGUAGAUUUCGUGCAGGAACAAGAUAUAAACGACGCGGUGUCGAUGAUGAGGGCAAAUGUGCAAACUAUGUAGAAACAGAGCAAUUAGUUUGGUAUCAUGAUCAUCAAGUAUCUUUUGUUCAAGUACGAGGCAGUGUACCAGUAUAUUGGUCUCAGCCUGGUUAUAAAUAUAAACCUCCACCUCAUAUAGACAGAGAUGAAGCAGAAACACAGCUUGCAUUUGAAAAACAUUUUACAGAAGAGCUUGGUUUGUAUGGUCCAGUUUAUAUUGUGAAUCUUGUAGAGCAAACAGGCAAAGAGAAAAUAAUUUGGGAAGCUUAUAGUAACCAUGUAUUAAAUUACAAUAAUCCUGAUAUAACUUAUACAACAUUCGAUUUUCACGAAUAUUGUCGAGGAAUGCAUUUUGAAAAUGUAUCUAUUCUGGUCAGUGAAUUGGCUACAGUAUUGACCGACAUGGGGUAUUGUUGGCGCGAUAAACAAGGCACAAUUUGCAUGCAGAAGGGAGUGUUUCGGGUGAAUUGCAUAGAUUGUUUAGAUAGAACAAACGUGGUGCAAACUGCUUUGGGUAAAGCUGUUAUGGAAAUGCAAUUUUCAAAGCUAGGAUUAAUACCACCAGACGGAACGUUACCGACGAAUAUCAGACAAACAUUUCAAUUGCUUUGGGCAAAUAACGGCGACAUUAUCAGUAAACAGUAUGCCGGUACAAAUGCUCUGAAGGGAGAUUAUACAAGAACAGGGGAAAGAAAAUUUACCGGGUUAAUGAAAGAUGGCGUAAAUUCUGCGAACAGAUAUUUUCAGCAACACUUUAUGGAUGAUAUACGUCAAGCGGCAAUAGAUACUUUGCUAGGAAAUCCCAUCGAUGUUAAUCAACUGAAUACCGAUUGGUCGCACUAUUUAGACAUCCUUGAUAAUUGUUGUCUUGAGUUAAUACCCGCGAAACCACCAAAUAUAGAGCUUCAACUUGCCACCUAUUCUGACUUUCUUUAUGCCAGUGCUAUGUAUGAUUUGGCAAGAUACUAUUUAAAUCGCUUCAAGGAUGUCUAUAGACAAGCCACGAUCGAUAUGAUGUUAGGGAAUGUUGUAAAUGAAGAGGUAUUCCAAGAGCGUACCGAAGAAGAAGACAAUGCCGCUACAGCAAUUCACGUGAAAUUACUAAUAGAAGAUUGCAAGAAAUUACUUAUACCCGAUCCAGAAGUUAUUUUAGGCAGUUGGGGUCUUAUAGAUGCUGAUCCUGUGACUGGUGACUUAACAGAGACAGAAAUGGACACCAUUCUAAUAUUAACACGCGAUAGUUAUUAUGUAGCUGAUUAUGAUGAUCAAAUAGACAAAGUCACAAAUUACCAAAGAGUACCACUCGAAGAUAUUGUAUUAAUUGAAUUUGGUCAGCCUGAAAGCUCAGUUUCGCUUUUUAAAAAUAAACAUUUCCAUUGCAUUAGAAUAAAUUAUAAAAUGGCGAAUGAAUACGGUUAUUUUCACAUGUUCCGGAGUACAAAUUUACGAUUUUUUAAUAAUAUGGCUGUUGUUAUAAAGACCGAAGAAGAAAGUAUAGAAUCUUUAAAAUCAAUCUGCGAAGCUAUCUCUGUAGCAAUGGAUAUAAGCAGUUUACCAAAGAUUCCUAUAGCAAUGAAUGUCACAUUAGAUAGACGAAAGAGUAAAUUAGUGAAUAGUAAAGGAACCACGGGUCUACUGGAUAUCUCGUCAUUUCCAGAACUGACUAGAAAUGUCUCAGAAACACAGUUAUUAGCUCUUAAAAGCGCAGGAACGAAAGCUUUAAAUAACAUGUCUGAGCAAUUUAGCAAAUUAAAUAAAUUAAGUCAUAGCUUUAGCGCUAGAAAACCAAUUGAUAUAGCGAAAAGCAUAGGCAGAAAAUCUGAAGCAUCUUCUAAACCUAUUUUCACUCUUGGAGGCAGAGAUAUUUUCGGUAAUGUGCAAGGGAGACGUAAUAGCAGUAGUAGUAGUGAUGAUGAAAACAUUGGUAUAUCUGCUGUUCCUUUAGAAAAGCCAGAGAAUUUCAGUCAUGAUAAGAAUUUGAUGGAAGCUUAUACUCCAUCUAUUGGUAUUAUAAUGGGUGUUAAAAACGCUGAUGUUAUGGAAUCUGAUGAAAACAAUGAAAAUCAAAAUUUGUCAAUACGACCUAAUAAAUUAUCUGAACAAAUUUCUGAUAAAGAAGUUUUAAAUGUGCCGCAGACUGGUUCUGGAACCAGUACUGUAAGUGCAUCUCCUCAAAAGACACCAGAAAUAACUAUACAAAAUGUGACAGAGGAUAAGGAAAGGAUUCUUCCGCCAUCAACGUUGAAUUUGUCCAAAAAUAUUAGUCAUUCGACCGGAGAAGUUGACAGCAAGCUGACACUUAGUGAUACAAAUGGAAAUAAAUUGCAGACGGAAAACAGAUUAUUAGAUAAAAAAAGAUCCACAUCUGAGCAAGAUUUAAGUCUAAAUAUUACAUCUUCUCAGAGUGAAUCUGCUUUGAAAUCAAUAAAAACUAACAUAACAAAUGUUGCGAGUCCUGUGGCAUCUACUGCCAAAGAUAUCUUAUCACCUUUUUCAAAAUUUGCGAAAGGUGUGCAAACUUUAGGAGCAAAUUUAGAUCCUAGAAAAUUAAAGACAGGACAUGUAGGAUUGUCAAGAAAUCUUUCAGAUCAUCAUGUAGAACAGCGUCGAAAAUUACAGGAAAGAUGGGGUUCGUGUCAAUCUAAAUUAAUAGCUUUAUAACUUUUCGAGAAUAGUAUAAAGUCUGAAUAUAGUAACGGAUAAACAAUUUAGAUACAUUUUUGCAUAGCUGUUUUUGUUAUUUUUAAUAUUUUAUAAUUUAGAAUUUACGUCAAAUAUCUCAAUGCACGAAUCUCAUGUAUGAUAUGUAUAAUUAUUUUUUAAAUUUCAAUUACUGCCAUCUUGCUAACAAAAAUUUUGUGCAAAAAAAAAAAAGGAAAACAAAAGAUAAAAAAUGAUUAAUCGAUAAGAUCCUUUCUAUAUAUUCUUUCACGAAAAAAAAUUACUUCCUAAAGUACAAUGUGGUCAAUAUUUAAUCUGCAGCAAGUCCAUUUGUGUGUGUCUUAUAAAUUUUCUAUUACUCUACAUCGAAAAAGAGCAAUGAGCUCUUGAAGCCUAUACGAACUGAUUAUCUAUUCACAAAAUGCUUUCGGCAUAUUUAUACAAAAUUUUCAUGGCGAUAGCCUUUUUAUGAAUUUUUCAAACCAAAUCCUAGCAUUGCAUUUAGAUUUUAGAAAUGUGGAAUUGUAAAUUUAUCAAAAAAAAAAGAAAAGAAAAAAAGAACAUACUGCUUAUAUAAAUGAAAUUUAAUUCAGUAUUCUUUGGAGCUCUAAUGCUUGCUGCAUAAUCAUAUUUUUCUAUUUUUUAUGAUUUUAUUAUUUGUAAUAUAUUUUAUAAUCUUUUUUUUUGUAAAUUUCAAGAUUUACAUAUACGCAUGAUAUUUGUAAACACUUGUAAACAUUCAUAGUUUAUGCAGCAAGCUGAAUGAAGAAGCUUUGUAGUCAAUUAUGUAUAUAUAAAGAAUUCAUUAAAAAGUUUUUAGUCUAAUGAAUAAUGUUAUUGGUUAAAAAACGAAAGUAUAGCAAGAAGAUGGAUUGGCAAAGAAAAUAUUCUCUCUAAAAAUAUAUGUGUAAUGAAUGAAUUAUUAAAUAUGUAAAAUAUAUACAUUCAGCCGUAAUAUCUUAAUUACAUUUUUAGAAUAAUUAAGAAACAAAAUGAAGAAUAGGAAAGAAAAAAAUAUUUUGUUCGUGAUGUUACGUUAUUUUCCUUAUAGAAUUAUAAAAAAAAAAAGAACAAUCACAAUAUUCAUACACUUGCACAGUUGCAGUAUUACUUGUAUACUUAACGAAUUAUA